UUUCGAAUUGAGUAAAAUGCUUCUUCAACAAUAAUUGUACAUUUCCCCCUUUUGAAUCAAAAAAAGAAAAAAAAAAAUUUGUACAUUUCCCCCUUCCCCCUCUCUCUCUCUCUCUCUCUCUCCGGCACUCUUUCUUUACCGGUGCCGUCUCCACCGGCCCGCAUCUCUCUCUCUCUCUCGUUCGUUCUUCACCGGCGGUAAACUCUCUCUCUCCGGCGGGCCGUUCAUCUUUACCGGCGGCGUCUCCAUCGGCGAGGUCCUUUCCCCCCAACUCAGCCAGCCGCAUCUCUCUGAUUGCCGUCUCCACCGGCGACGGAACGAAGUUCGUGGGUGGAAGAUGAAAGAGGGCGGCGUUGGGUGAUUAAUAAUCCGAGGAGGCUAGGUGGAAAAACUGUUACCGCAGGGACACCUCUGUAAAAUCGUCAACAAAUCAGGGGCAAGCAUACAUCCCUCACACCUUGGCCACAGUACUCACUCCCGCCCUCGGUCUCUUUUUGAAUUACAUUCCCACACACUCUCUCUCUCUCUCUCUCUCUCUCUCUCUCUCUCUCUCUCUCUCUCUCUCUCUCUCUCUCUCUCUCUCUCUCAGUUCGGUUCGUUUGGUUCCUCUUCGAACUUGGAAACAAAAAUGGUAGCCGAACCCCGGUGCUCUGAUCCGGUGGAUCCGCUUUCGGCCUAUUCGGGUCUCACCCUUUUCCCCAGGACCUUCGGGCUCGCACCCGACCUGUCGAAGCCGUACGACCCUGACGCCGGCCUCAACGCCAUCCACAACCACCUCAAGUCCUUGGCCUUACAAUGUCCUAAUAAAUUUCUUGAGGAGGCGAAAAUGGUUUUAGAUGGUAGUUCAGAACUUGCAAACUAUCUGGCAAUUAAAGAGAAAAAAGUUGGUGCUGUAGAGGAUAAGGAAAGUCUCCAAGAAAGAAGGCCAGCCUUGGGCCGUAAGCGGGCUCGGUUUUUUUUAAAGCCUAAUUUAAUUCAGCCUGCUGUGAGUUUGGAACCAAGUUUGGACAUUGAACAACUUAAAGACCCGGAGGAAUUCUUCUUGGCCUAUGAACGGCUUGAAAAUGCCAAAAGAGAAUUACAGAAGCAGACUGGUGGUGUUUCAAUGGAUUUAAAUCAGCAUAAUACAUCCACAACUGCACGACAACGUCGACCAGGGAUUCUAGGGCGAUCGGUUAGAUACAAGCAUCGCUAUUCAUCAGUGAUUUCUGAAAAUAAUGAGAAUAUUUUAUCUUCUCAAGAGACAUUUGAUUCAAGCAUUGUCAGCCCAACUAAUGGCAUCUCACAUCGCAAAACUGAUCACGAUUUAGCAUCAAAGGAGAGGGAUUUAGCUGGUUCAAUGGACAAUCCAGAGAACAAAGUUAGUGAAAUCUUAGAUGAAUUGCUAUCUGGCAAUUUUGAAGAUCUGGAAGGGGAUAGAGCAGUCAGUAUUUUACAAAAGCGCUUGCAGAUCAAACCCAUUGAUUUGGAGAAGUUAAACCUUCCAGAAUUGCGAGAUAUCCAAAAGAUUGAUUCAAAAUCUUCAAGACGAAACAUGCCAAAGCCUCGGAGAGCUUUAGCGGACAUUGAUAAUAUGUUAAAAGGGAUUAGCAGUAAAUCACUUGUGAAGCUCAUACCAGAGGCAGAAAGCUCUUUUCGUCAUAUAUCUUCACCCACACCCCCAAGAAGUCCGUUUCCUUCAUUAUCUGUGUUACAGAGGCAAAAUUUACGGCCAAAGCCAUCAAAUGAUCCAUUUCCAAUUCCUGUUUUUGGCCACUCACCAGCAAAAAAUUCCUCUUCGACUGAAUGCAAGCUGAAAGAGUCUGAUCUGGAUCAUACAGGAAUGCAAUUGAGCAAUUGUGAUGAGUUGAAGUCACCCUUAGUUGAGGAAGAUGGCAUUGAUAAUCUGUUAAAAGGGAUUAGCAGUAAAACACCUGUGAAGCUCAUACAGGAGGGAAAAAGCUCUUUUCAUCAUAUAGCUUCACCAACACCCCAAAGAAGUCCUUUUGCUUCAUUAUCUUUGUUACAGAGGCAAAUUUUGCGGUCAAAGCCAUCAAAUGAUCCAUUUUUAAUUCCUGAUUUUGGCCGCUUACCAACAAAAAAUUCCUCCCCGAUUGAAUGCAUGCUGAAAGAGUCUGACCUGGAUCAUACAGGAAUGCAGUUGAGCAAUUGUGAUGAGUUGAAGUCACCCUUAGUUGAGGAAGAUGACAUUACAGCUGCUAAGACAGGUUCACCAGACGUGGCUAUUGGAGAUGUUACUUGUACAUCUGAGGCAAUUGUGCAUGAUAAUUCGAGUAAACUUUCUUUUCGUGGUGAUGUUGACUCAAGUGGAACUCAUGUUGAAAUGGAGGACAAUGUUGAAGGCAGUAAUAUGGAUGAUGAAGCUAUAGAUGAGCAAUUAAGUAGGCAUGAUGCUGAUAUUGAUGCUCAGGAAAAUGGAUCCAAUAAAUUGGAGGACAAGGUAGAAGACAUGCUACAGGAACCAGUGGAAGCAGUGGCUUCUCCAGAACGUAAUGUUAACAUGGUGGACUCAACUGGGGAAAAUUCGAACUACAUUCGGGCUCCAGUGGAUCAAUCAAGUCCUGCUGUGGUUGAAGACCAUUCAGUGCAUAGACUCUCCCAAGCCCCAGAUAAUGUCCCAGAACAGCAUAUAGAGAAAAUCCAGGGAAGUAUCGAGGUGUCAUUGAACGAGCAAAUCAAAGCAAAAUCACGUCUGCACAGAGAGCGCAAGAGUAAAGAACGUUCUCAUAGGCAAAGCCUUGCAGGAGCUGGUUUAUUGUGGAAAUCUGGGGUAAGGCGAAGCACCAGGAUCAGGACAAGACCUUUGGAGUAUUGGAAAGGCGAAAGGUUACUAUAUGGUCGCAUCCACCAGAGUUUGACAACAGUUAUUGGGUUGAAGUAUGUUUCUCCAACAAAGGGUGAUGAUGGAAAACCCACUCUCAGGGUGAAAUCUUACAUCGCUGAUGAAUACAAAGAGCUUGUCGAGCUUGCAGCUCUACAUUGAGAUGACUGGAAUGUUAAGAAAUAUUAGGUACUCCCAACAUGUUUUCUUGUAUGUUAUGUCUCCUGAUACCCUUUUUAUCUACUUGUCAUUGAUUUGUGGAAAGAAGGCUUGUCUGUAACUAGUUACAGUUCUAAAGGUGGUAAAUAAUCAUAUACUUUUCGUGGACAGUUAGCUUCUAUACCAAAAAUUU